CACAAAGCAUAUUCCAUAUUCAAUCUCGAUGCUUCAAAGAAUCGAUGGUUUACAUGUAACGCUUAAAGAUACUUCAUACAUGAUCUCUUCAGAAAGACUUCGCCCAAUUGAAAACUAGAGUGUGAAGAUUUUCUACAGUUGGCAGCCCAUUAAUAGAGUUCUCCCAUAAAUGUUGCUCGCACGUGCCUGCUCUAUACAUGUAACAACAAUUAAGAUCCACCAACGUACUCAUUCUAUUUUACUUACGCUUACACCUAACCUACUCAGCAGCAUCAGCAACAGUGCAACCAUGAUCCCGCUACCAGUGAUUCAGCGAGGACUCCAGACUCUUGACAGAUCCAUGUUCAGAACAACUGUGAAUGUGAUUGCACUUCGCAUUCCUGCCAGCAUGACUAACGAUUGCAAGAAAACUCUUGGAACUGACCUGCUGUUGGAACCCAAGAUCAGGAACGUGAUUGAUAGUGAUGAUGGAGAAAAAUCAAAAAGACUUGUCCUGUUGAAUCUGAGUAUUAAGGAUGAAGAUCUUAAAGGCGCCUCGGAAAAAACAAAGACGUUUAUUAAGGAAAAGAAUAUUGAACUUACGAAGACUCAUAUUACAGUCGGAUAUGAACACUGGACCGCAGAUGAGAUCCUUCGCGCCGUAUUACCAGAAGAACUUGUCGAUGAGGCGCCCUCGUCAUUCACAACCGUCGGACAUAUCGCACAUAUGAAUCUCAAGGACGAAUAUCUUCCUUAUAAGCACAUGAUAGGACAAAUUAUCAUGGAUAAGAACCCAAAUUUGAGAACAGUGGUCAACAAGACUGACUCGAUUGACACUACAUUCAGGUUCUUCAAAAUGGAGCUCCUUGCAGGAGAAGAUGAUAUGAUCGCUGAAGUGAGAGAAAGCGGCUGUAGAUUCAAACUCGACUUUUCUCAAGUAUACUGGAAUUCACGUUUACAUACGGAGCAUGAACGUUUGGUCAAGAUGUUCAGUGCAACGGACGCUGUGUGUGAUGUUAUGGCAGGAGUCGGUCCCUUUGCUAUGCCUGCAGCCAAGAAGGGUUGCAUGGUCUAUGCCAACGAUCUUAACCCAUCCUCAUACGCAAGCAUGCUGGAGAACAAGGUUUUGAACAAGAUUGAAGGAAAUUUGAAUAUCUAUAACAUGGAUGGUCGAGAUUUCAUCCGUCAGGCAGUCAAGGACUUGGAGGCAUCUGGAUACCAACGACCUCCUGAUUCUACUGUCGUAGUCAAAGGGAAAAAGACCACUGCCAAGCCCAAGGGUGCUGCCAUAACACCUGAUUCUACAUCAGGAACACCAUCAACACCAACUACUUCUAUAUCAACACCCAUAUCUACAUCUGUCACUGGGAAACGCUCGUUCAAAACAUUUGAUCAUUUUGUUAUGAACCUUCCAGCUUCUGCCAUCGAGUUCUUGGAUGCGUUUCGUGGGCUUUUUAAAGGUCGUGAAAGCGAGAUCCUAGAGCCUAAAAAGCAGCUUCCUAUGAUUCAUUGCCACUGUUUCUCCAAGAGUGAAAAGCCUGAGGAAGAUGUUCGGGAGCGUGUUGAGGCUGCCAUGGGUGGUCGGUUAGAAUUGGACUCUGUUAAACUGCACUGGGUCCGUAAGGUAGCACCUAAUAAGGACAUGUAUUGCAUCUCGUUUCGCUUACCUGCUGAGAUUGCAUUUGCAAGUGAUGUGAAGCGAAAACUCGAGACUAAAUCAGACUCCAACAACAGCAGCAAUGAGAGUAAUAUCACUGCUGAUUCUUCUACAUCAGAAUCAGAAUCUGUUGAGAAGCGUCCCAAAACUGAAUGAAGCACAGUAGACUAGUUAUUAUAAAUGAAUCCAACUAUAUAUCUAGAAUGGAAUAAGAAACAUGGGUCCCAUAUGGGUCUCUUUAACUUGUAAACAUUCAUUGCAUAGAAAACUGCGAUAAGAAUUCAGUAAACACGU